UGUACAUUUAUCAGGCUUAAUAAACAUUAAUAUUUGCCUCUUAACUAUUUUGAAAUUUAACGGUAACGUUUAAGUGUUGGAAAAUCUCCUUUAAAAAUUAAAACAAAAAUAGAGAAUUAUCGGUACUCUGUGGAAAUCGACGAGCUUCCAUUCCCAAUGGAGAUUUUGAUUUGACUAAGAAUGCUUAUCUCAAAACCUUAAAUUAUUAAGUGUUCAGCAAAAGAUGCACAAAUCGGAUUUAAGGCUGACAGAUCUCACAGUCGACUGUCUGCUGCACAUUUUUGCCUACUGCUCGGAGGGGGAACUGCUGUGCCUGGCCCUGGCGAGUCGAUUUCUGGAAAACGUAAUAGACAAUUACAUUUACUACCCUCAGUCCAUUGACUUGCUGCUCUGUGGCCACCGGAAUAGACCGAGAAUCGAGCAGAGAAAUCGAACCCGCCUGAGCAACUAUGAUCGAAUUCAGGUCUCGAAGAACUGGACUAGUGGAACCUACUUCGAACGUCCAUACUUCCACCAUGCCCAAAUGUUCCCCACGAAACUGUGCCUGGAGGCGGACGCCCUGUAUAUUACCCAUGCGGGCUACCUGCGCAAGUACCGGCGCUCCAGCUGCGAUGCACUGCUUCGUCGAUACGAGAAAGAGAUCAGUACGACCACCCACAGCGACAUCUCCGAUUUCGUCAAGAAAAAGGAUACCAUAUUCGCGGGACGAGUGUGCGGAUCGUGCUUCCAUUACGAUGCGGAUGGCAUCACAGAACAAAGGAUGCAUGCGGUCAACGAGUAUCUGUUCUGCGUGGAUUUUGUCAAUGAUCUGUACGCCACCAGCACCGAUAACUGCUGCAAACUGUGGCAGCGAUCACAGGAGUUCGGACUGUCGCACUUCGACAUGGUGAUGAAGCUGCCGAAUGCGUUUAAGGCCUUGGAACUAAGUUCAGAUGGCCAGUGGCUAUAUGGGGGUCUCUACACGGACAAGAAUCGCAGGGCCCUGAGGGCCGUCCACGUGGAAAGUGGCGAGGAAUUGGUUUUCAACUCUAACACAAUGUCCAUUUACGACCUAAAAAUUAAAGAUGACAAUGUUAUUUUUACGGCCAACUACGAUACGACGUUUCGGAUGUUUGAUAAACGCAUCGAUCGGGAUGUAGCUAUCUGGGAGGACCCGUUCGACUGUUCCUUUUAUUCCCUGGAGUACGACGGACUGUAUGCGGCGCUGGUGGGUACCAACAGACAUGCACGGGUCAACCUCUACGAUAUAAGAAUGCAAAAAUAUGUUCAAUUAUACUUCCCGGGCCGAACGCGGCAACACAAUGGUUUAUCGCCCGUCUACAGCCUUGCCUGCGAUAGCCAAUAUAUGUUUGUGGCCACUGAUCAUAAUCUGCGCAUUUUUGACUUCAAAGCCAGUUGUGGAAUCCGGAGGGACUACAGCAACAUUAAUGUACAAAUAAAGAAAUAAUUAUGAACAUUUGACUGUCAAAAAAGUUAUAAAAUUAAAUAUUGUCUUGGACCAAUAUUCGACGUUUAACGCAACAAAAAGGAGUCAGAGAGCUGAGCCUUUUUGCGAAAAAUAUUGUAUCUAUAUCAUUGCUAAAUUAGUUAAGAGUCAUAAUACUUAUUUAGAUAAUAAUUAUUUAGUACUAGUUAUGGAAUUCAAAUUGCUAAAACGAAAUAUAAAUUACACCAGUUAA